UAUUACGCCCAGCCUGGCCCACUCAUAUGCUAAAUCGGACGAUACGGUGAGCUACACUACAUUACUCGACUGCUAAUAUAGGAGCAAGAACUUAACUAGACGCCCUAACUCAUUUUCGGCGGGAUCGAAGUCUGGAAAAACUCCAUCGAUCGUCUCCGUCAUUACUUCAGAUUAGUUUUGAGCAUCUAUAGUCGGCAGGUCUUCAUUUACCCCCUCUAAUGGCGAUUGAUAGAAUUUUUAAAGAUGAAGCUAGUGAAGAAAAAGGAGAACGUGCCAGAAUGGCAUCAUUUGUUGGUGCAAUGGCAAUUGCUGACUUGGUAAAGACAACACUAGGACCAAAGGGAAUGGAUAAAAUUUUGCAAUCGACUGGCAGAGGACGUGAAGUUACUGUGACAAAUGAUGGGGCCACCAUUUUGAAGUCCCUUCACAUUGAUAACGCAGCUGCCAAAGUUCUAGUUGAUAUUUCAAAAGUGCAAGAUGAUGAAGUUGGUGAUGGGACAACGUCUGUUGUUGUGUUGGCUGGGGAACUUUUAAGGGAGGCAGAAAAGCUAGUGGCAGCAAAGAUUCAUCCUAUGACGAUUAUUGCAGGCUACCGAAUGGCGGCAGAAUGUGCUCGUAAUGCUUUGUUGCAAAAGGUUGUGGAUAACAAAGAGAAUGAAGAGAAAUUUAAAUUGGACUUGAUGAAGAUUGCAAUGACUACUUUGAGUUCCAAAAUUUUAUCACAGGAUAAGGAACAUUUUGCAAAACUUGCUGUGGAUGCUGUUUUGAGGCUGAAGGGUAGCACAAACUUAGAGUCAAUCCAGAUUAUCAAGAAGCCUGGAGGUUCACUGAAGGAUUCUUUCCUGGAUGAAGGAUUUAUUCUUGACAAGAAAAUUGGUGUUGGACAACCAAAGCGCAUAGAGAAUGCAAAAAUUUUGGUAGCUAAUACUGCAAUGGAUACAGAUAAAGUGAAGAUCUAUGGUGCACGUGUUCGUGUUGAUUCUAUGUCUAGGGUUGCUGAUAUUGAAGCUGCUGAGAAGCAAAAAAUGAGAGAAAAGGUGGAUAAGAUAAUAGCUCAUGGAAUAAACUGUUUUGUAAACAGGCAGUUGAUUUACAAUUUCCCAGAAGAACUUUUUGCAAAUGUCGGGAUACUUGCAAUUGAGCAUGCUGAUUUCGAUGGGAUUGAGCGCUUGGCAUUAGUAACUGGUGGUGAAAUUGCAUCUACCUUUGACAACCCUGAGUCAGUUAAACUUGGACACUGUAAGCUCAUUGAGGAAAUUAUGAUUGGUGAGGACAAGUUGAUCCACUUUUCUGGUGUCGCAAUGGGUCAGGCAUGUACAAUAGUACUGAGAGGUGCAAGUCAUCACGUGCUUGAUGAGGCAGAAAGAUCUCUCCAUGAUGCCUUGUGUGUGCUGUCUCAGACGGUCAAUGACAGCAGGGUUUUGCUUGGAGGUGGAUGGCCUGAGAUGGUUAUGGCAAAGGAUGUGGAUGAGCUGGCCCGAGCAACUCCUGGGAAGAAAUCUCAUGCAAUUGAGGCCUUCUCAAGGGCACUUGUUGCUAUCCCGACUACCAUUGCAGACAAUGCUGGUUUAGACAGUGCUGAAUUGAUAGCACAGCUUCGAGCAGAGCAUCAAAAGGAGGGAUCUACUGCAGGGAUUGAUGUCAUCACUGGAUCUGUGGGAGAUAUGGCUGAGCUUGGGAUUUCUGAAGCUUACAAAGUUAAGCAGGCCAUACUACUGUCGGCAACUGAGGCUGCUGAGAUGAUUCUCAGAGUGGAUGAAAUUAUUACCUGUGCCCCACGGAGGAGAGAAGAUAGAAUGUGAAAUCAGUUGGACCUUUUGCCUGGAUGAGAACUUCUGUUGUAAUACUCUGUUUUCUUGGCAUGUAUUUUGCUUCAGUAGGACAUUGACAUUAACUGUUUAAUUCUAUCACUGAGGGUUUCUUCCUCCCAAAAUUUUUAUGUUGUGUUCAGGAAAUCGAGUGAUUUGUCGCGGAAUUGAUAUGUUUUGGAGUUACUAGCAAUUAAAUGUUGAGGUGUACUAAAAAGUUGAGAGAUGUUAUUGUGCUGGCCGUGUGAGUUGUGAAAAUUGAUCUUGAAACUUCGAAGGCA